AUGAGUUUUGAUCUCUUCUUUCAUAUUGGUGGCUACUGGUCUAGAGACGGAUCUUACAUUAGUGGAGAAACAAGUGCCGUAGGUAGAAUGUUGGCUGAUGGUUUCAGUUUGAGGUCCAUUGAGAUGUUAGUAGUUGAAGCAAUGAGCUAUGAAGAUAACAUGAAGAAAGUAUCUUGGUUUCCACCAGGUGAUGAGAGUCUGCAGAGAGUCGACAUUGAUGACAAUGAUGUCUUAGGAAAAGUGGUUUCAUAUGCUCUUGGAUCAGGUGCUUUAACAUUGUUUAUUGUUAGGGAAGAUGAUCCAUAUUUGAUGAAUCGCAGUGGUGAUGGAGUUGGCGUGUCACCUUUCGAGGAUAAUGGUGAUAAUGUGAAUUGUGAUAGUGCUAAUAGUGAUGACAGUUCUGAUGAAAGCAGUGAGAGCAGUGAGAGUAGUUCUGAUGAAAGGAGUGAUAAUGAUGGUGGUCGUGAUAUUGUAGCUCAGAAUGAGGAUGCGUCUGAGGCUGACAGAGAGGUACAAGAAGUUGCAAAUAGUGAUAGUGAUGGUGCUCGUAAGACCAUAGAUUAG